GUAAAUAAGGGUAAUGGAAGCCACAUAGGCCACCGGACAGGAGUUGGAUUAACACCGGCUUUGCUUCGAUUUGGACUCUCCUUCUCUUCUCUUCUCUUCUAAGUGACGCUACUCUACUAAACCAUUUUUCACUUUCCCCUUCGAUUCAGAUCAGAUCAGAUCAGAUCCGCACUGCCAAACCUCAGAUCCUGCCUUGAUUCAAUUCAAGACUAGAAGAACCAUUUUCCUCAUUCCAAUUUUCAAACUAAUAAAAUGGUUGUUCUCGCUGCAUCCAUUGUGGGCAAAUCUGGUAAAGUGCUAGUUUCUAGACAGUUUGUGGAUAUGUCUCGUAUAAGAAUUGAGGGACUUCUAGCAGCAUUUCCCAAGUUGAUAGGCACUGGAAAACAACACACAUAUGUUGAGACUGAGAACGUGCGCUAUGUUUACCAGCCAAUAGAAGCUUUGUAUCUGCUUCUUGUAACAAACAAACAGAGCAACAUACUGGAAGAUUUGGAUACUCUGAGACUUCUCUCUAAACUUGUCCCCGAAUAUUCUUACUCCCUCGACGAAGAGGGUAUCUGCAAACAUGCCUUUGAGCUGAUUUUUGCGUUUGAUGAAGUCAUCUCUCUUGGGCACAAGGAAAGUGUGACCGUUGCACAAGUUAAGCAAUACUGUGAGAUGGAAAGUCAUGAAGAGAAGCUGCACAAGCUCGUCAUGCAGAGCAAGAUCAAUGAAACUAAGGAUGUGAUGAAGCGGAAAGCAAGUGAGAUUGAUAAGAGCAAGAUUGAAAAGAAUAGAAGUGAUAAAGGAGGAUUUGGUCCGUUGACGUCAAUGGGAUCUGGAAGAAUUGAAAAUAGCUUCAGUGAUUUGAGCAUAUCUAGCAGUGGAACUGGUUUUGGAAGUGGCUCUGGUUUUGGAUUGAGUACCGAUGUUGAUUCCUUUUCUACCAAGCCUAAAGGUCGUCCAACUGCAUCUGCCACUGCUCCUCCAAAGGGUCUUGGAAUGAAGCUUGGCAAAUCUCAAAAGACAAAUCAGUUUUUAGAAUCAUUGAAAGCAGAAGGUGAGGUCAUUCUUGAAGAUGUUCAGCCAAAACUUGGCCAGUCUCGAACAGCUGCCCCACCACUUACCGAUCCUGUCACUUUAACUGUUGAGGAGAAAUUAAAUGUGGCACUGAAAAGAGAUGGUGGAGUUAGUAAUUUUGAUGUUCAAGGCACAUUGUCUCUCCAAAUUCUUAACCAAGAAGAUGCGCAUAUUCAAGUUCAGGUCCAGACUGGUGAUAAUCAAGCCAUCUCUUUCAAGACACACCCUAACAUGAAUAAAGAGUUAUUUGCCAAUGAAUAUAAACUAGGUCUGAAGGAUCUCAAUAGGCCUUUCCCUACCGGGCAAGCCAGUGAUGCUGCAGGUGUUUGCCUUUUAAAGUGGAGAAUGCAAAGCACCGAUGAGUCAAUGGUGCCACUGACAAUCAACUGUUGGCCCUCUUCUUCUGGAAAUGAAACUUAUGUCAGUAUUGAAUAUGAAGCUUCAUCAAUGUUUGAUCUGCGGAAUGUUGUGAUCUCAGUACCUCUUCCAGCUCUUCGAGAAGCACCAUCUGUUAGUCAGAUUGAUGGAGAAUGGAGGUAUGACUCUAGGAAUUCCAUUUUGGAGUGGUCUGUCCUUCUGAUUGAUAAUUCAAAUCGCAGUGGGUCGAUGGAGUUUGUUGUUCCACAAGCAGAUUCGUCAGCAUUCUUUCCCAUUUCAGUUCGCUUUACGGCAACUGAGACUUUUAGUGACCUGAAGGUUACGAACAUCAUACCGCUUAAGGGUGGUAAUAUUCCCAAAUAUGCUCAGAGAUCACAGUUGAUAACAGAAAACUACCAAGUUGUGUGAUUGAUUUCCUCUUGACUUUGAGCUUCUAUGACAGUUUUGCUUUUACAGCAGAAUUUCUUUCAUCAAUAGGCUUUACUUCUAGUUGCAGCAUCUGUUACCUACUAUUCAUGAAUUUAUACUUUCGGUUCGACAUCUCAAGACAUGGAGCGAAAUAUGAUACUUGUAUUUACUAUUAUGUCGAGUGUCUCAUGUGGAAGAAUGCAUUUAUCAUCUCCCUCUUUUCUUGUGUUGAGUCUUAUAAUUUUCCGAAGACUUGCAAGUCAAAUGCAAAUCGAUCAUCAACUAUCUAAUACAUGGUAGUAAACUUACUAGUUGUGUAUGUAAUGUGGAAUCUUUGCUAAAAUUAUGUUUUUAUUUACCAUUUA